GCCGCCGCCCAUUAUGCCCCGAAGCUUCUUCGAAGUCGACUCCCUCGACCUCGCCCCCCGCCUCCUCGGCAAGCUCCUCCGCCGCGACGGCGUCGUUCUCCGCAUCACCGAGGUAGAGGCCUACAGACCGAACGAUUCUGCUUGCCACGGGAGAUUUGGUGUUACUUCGCGGACGGCUCCGGUUUUUGGGCCCGGAGGGCAUGCGUAUGUGUAUCUCUGUUACGGGCUUCACAUGAUGCUGAACAUUGUAGCCGAUAGGGAGGGGGUUGGCGCGGCAGUGUUGAUCCGGUCUUGUUCUCCUGUUAGCGGUCUAGAAACCAUUCAGGAACGUCGAGGUCAGAAAACUGAGAAGCCUGUUCUACUGACAGGUCCAGGGAAGGUUGGGCAAGCGCUGGGCAUUUCUACGGCUUGGUCACACCACCCUCUUUAUACACCAGGUGGCUUAGAAUUAUUAGACGGUCCCGAACCGGAGAGCAUUCUAAUCGGCCCUCGCGUAGGCAUCGACUAUGCCAUGCCGGAGCACGUCAAUGCGCCGUGGAGGUUCGCUGUCGCAGGGAGUCCAUGGAUUAGUGCCCCUAAAAGCACUCUUAGGCCACCAUGAGUGCUUUGUUUUGCACUCCAUUGCUGCAUUUGCUACAAAUUUACAAUCCAUUCUAUGUUGUUUGGUGGUGGUUUAUGUUGUACAUAUGCAUUUUGUCCAAUACAAUUCAACUAUUUUGUUGGCCUGUGUACCAAACUUCUAACUUGUGUUUAAUUUUUUGGAUAAAGUCACUUUGACCUGACUUUGUUGUUAA